AUGCAGGGAAGUGCUGAAGAGCUUUUCGAAGGAGAAUCAUAUAUGGACUACUCCUCUUUCAAAGAGUCUAGUCAGAGUGAAGAUUUAGAUAAAGAUACCACAAGUAAUACAGUCAGAAUUGAUGAAGGAGCAAGCUCGCAUGAACAACCUAUGUUCAUGGUAUUUUACAUCUCAUUGGUUAAGUUAUUUGAAAAAUUUUGCUUUAACUGCAAGGCUGAAAAUCCAAAAGUGCACAUUAAAAACAUUGGUUCGAUGGCCAUUGUAGAGCAAAAUUGUGGUAAAUGUGUUGAAAAGAACUUUAUGUGGAGAAGCCAACCUAUGGUUUUGGGAAGAUAUCCAGCUGGAAACGUUAUGACUAGUUUUGGUAUAUUGAUGUCUGGUGUCAGUAUAAGUCAGGCCAUGCUCUCACUGGUCCUAUUUUACGGUGGCCCAUAA